AUGGCAAAAGUGCCAACAGUAUUGUUCAUGAUGGUCGUCUUUUUGGUGGAUCCAAUUCAUGGAGCACCACAAGUUCCUUGUUUUUUCAUUUUUGGUGAUUCAUUGGCCGAUAAUGGCAAUAAUAACAACCUCCUCACCAGAGCCAAAGUGAACUACCAGCCAUACGGGAUUGAUUUUCUCACUGGACCAACCGGAAGGUUUUGCAACGGCCGGACCACCGUUGACAUAUUAGCUCAACUUCUGGGUUUUGAGAAUCUCAUCCCACCAUUUGCAACUAGCAAUAAGGGUCCAUACAUUUUAAAAGGUCUGAAUUAUGCAUCCGGCGCAGCAGGAAUUCGAGUCGAAACUGGCUCCCAAUUGGGUGGUCAUAUCAGCUUAGAUCAGCAAUUACUUAAUCACCAAUAUUUAAACAAAUGCUUGUAUUCAGUUGGAAUGGGCAACAAUGAUUACAUUAACAAUUACUUCAAGCCUCAAUUUUAUCCCACCAGUCGCAUGUACACCCUUGAACAAUACACCACAGUUCUUAUUGAACAAUAUUCUCGCCAAAUGAUGACUUUGUACGACAAGUAUGGAGCAAGGAAGGUGGCCUUGGUUGGGCUGGGACUUAUAGGCUGCACCCCAAAUGCGAUUUCAACAUUUGGAACAAAUGGGUCUGCAUGUGUUGAUAAAUUGAACACUGCGGCCCAAAUGUUUAACCAAAAGCUUGUAUCUCUGGUCGAUCAGCUCAACGCCAAUCUGAGAGAUGCAAAAUUCAUCUAUGUCAACAGCUUUGGGAUGGGGUCAGGCGACCCUGCAGCUGCUGGAUUUAAGGUUGUGAAUGUUGGGUGCUGCCCAGUGAACAAUAUUGGUCAAUGUGCUGCUGGAAAACUCCAUGCCAAAAUAGGAGUGAUGCCUUGUUUUUUCAUUUUUGGUGAUUCAUUGGCGGAUAAUGGCAACAACAACCACCUCAAGACCCCGGCUAAAGCCAAUUACCUGCCUUAUGGAAUUGAUUUUCCCAAGGGACCAACAGGAAGAUUUACCAACGGUCGAACCUUCGUUGAUAUAAUAGCUGAACUUUUGGGUUUUGAGAACCCCAUCCCAUGCUUUGCAACUACCAGGCGGCCCAAGGACAUGGUUAGAGGUCUGAAUUAUGCAUCUGGCUCAGCAGGAAUGCGAGAUGAAACUGGCACCCAUAUGGGUGCUAAUGUCAACUUGAAUAAGCAGCUGCUGAAUCACAAAGCUACAGUCAAGCACAUUGCUUCUGUGAUGGGGCAUAAACAAUCAUCUAAUAAGCACUAUUUAAACAAGUGCUUAUAUUCAGUUGGAAUGGGUAGCAAUGACUACAUGAACAAUUACUUCCAGCCCAAGUUUUAUCCCACCAGUACCAAAUAUACCCCUGAACAAUAUGCUACACUUCUCAUCAAACAAUAUUCUCGCCAAAUAAAGACUUUGUACAUGUAUGGAGCAAGGAAGGUGGCCUUGGUUGGAUUGGGACAAGUAGGCUGCGCCCCAUAUUCAAUUUCGACUGGAACAAAUGGGUCUGCGUGCGUGGAUAAAAUGAACGAUGCAGUUCAACUUUUCAACGAAAAGCUUAAGUCUCUCGUCGAUCAGCUCACACCAAUCUCACAGAUGCAAAAUUCAUCUAUGUUAACACUUAUGGAAUGUCCGGAAGUUCAGCGGAUCGGACAACAACUGGUCAUAUAUGACCAGCAGCCAGCUCGAUUUAAGGUUUCGGACGUUAAUUGUUGUCCAGUAAAUGAAAUAGGUCAAUGUGUUCCUUCCGCAGCUCCAUGCAAGAAUAGGAGCGAGCAUAUGUUCUGGGACUUAUUCCAUCCUACUGAGAUGGCCAUUUAG